GCAGCAGCAUCAACAACAACAACAGCAGUAGAACAAGCACCUAGCCAACCCGCCUCAAAAACCAAUCCUUUCCCCCAACUCCUCACGCCCCAAAAUGCUUCUCCCCCAGAUCACCACCAUCCUCGGCCUCGCCAGCCUCUCCCAAGCCGUCAACCUCCGCUUCUACUACUCAAACAACUGCUCGGGAAACAACGUGGUGUGCAGCAACAUCGCCCGCAACACGUGCUGCAACGGCAACGGCAUCAGCGUCUUCUUCGGCCUCAACCGGGCCGUCGAGGGCAGGGUGUACGACCGCGGCGGCUGCAACCGUCUGCGCGGGGUCAGGACCUCGGUCGGCUCUACCAGCUUUUGCCUCAGGCAGGGCAACGACGUCAUGACGGGGGCCCAGUGGCGGCCUCCGCCGAGCCUCAGGCUGGCUGCCGUGCCCGAGCAGCCCGAGGCUUGUCCGGCCGGCGGGGACAAGUGCGAGUCGUGGGCCAGGCCCGACGUGCUGGGUCUUGCCGACGGGACCGAGUAUGAGAUUGGGGGGUUGGAGGAGGCCCACCUUGCCCUUGCCGCCGACGGAAGCAUCUCGUCUGCCCAAGACCUCCCCGAAGAGUUCAAGUCGCUCGUCGUCACUACUACCGAGUAG